AUGCCACCAAAAUCCAAAUCCAAACCUCCCCCCAAAAAAGACCUCCCCUCUAAAUCCAACCCCAAGCCCUCUACAUCAGCACCCAAACCAAACUGGCCUCCUCUCCGCCCCCUAAUCCCCCCCUCAGACCUAACCCUAGAGCCCCUCCUACGCGACCAAAUCUACCUAAUCCCGAACUUCUUCCCGGCGUCGCUGUGCAAAACGUACGUGUCCUUCCUGGCGUCGUUGCCGAUGCUCACGACGCCGCGGAAGCCGAAGAAGGACGAGGCGGUGCGCGUGAACGAUCGGUUCCAGGUGCAGGAUGAGGGGUUUGCGGAGAUGGUGUGGCGGGAGACGGCGUUGAGGGAGUUGGUGGUGGAGAGGGCGGGAGAAUGUGAGGAAGAUGAAGAUGAAGGUGAGGACGGGGGAAGAAGGAAAAGAACUCCGGAAGAAAUCUGGGGUGGGAAGCCGUUGGGAUUGAAUGCCAAUAUACGCAUCUAUCGGUAUUCGAAGGGCCAGUUUUUUGGGGCGCAUUACGACGACUUCAACAACGUCACAUUCUCGUCGUCAUCGUGCCCGGCCCAACCGGCCCGCACGACCUGGACGCUCCUGAUCUACCUGACCACCUGCACCGGGGGCGAGACCGUCUUCUAUCCCGAGGCUACGAAGGAGAAUCGCAAUCCGAGUCCUGUGUCUGUGGCGCCCCAGACGGGCAUGGCGCUGCUCCAUCGCCACGGGGACGCUUGCAUGCUGCACGAAGGGAAGGAGGUCCUGGCGGGGGAGAAGUGGGUGCUGCGAAGUGAUUUGGUGGUGGAACGGUGA